AUGGUAGAGCAGAGUAAUGGCAGGGCUGGAGGUGUGGCGGUGAGGCGUGCAGCAUCCACCUUGAUCUUCCCCACCCCCACAACACCUCCCUCCAUCAUCACGCCCUCCCUUCCUCAUCCCUCUACUAGCCCUCCAGCCCCUCCCUCCACCUCCAGCGUCUCCACACCCCCUCCCGCCCUACAAAUGGAUACUAAUGGCAAUAUCCCAAGGGCGCCGUCCCAGCAAGAGGCCUGCAGCCGCGUGCCCUGUGGGGCAGGCUGUCCCGCUCAGUCAGGGAAGUACUCCUGCAGGGUGGAGUACGCCAGGGUGAUCAGGGUCAGGGUGUGCCCAAUGGAGAGCAGGCUGUCCAACAGAUCAAGGGACAGCCUGCCUCCUACCCCGACCCUCCCCUGGCCAGCUUUCCCUGACCUGCGGGGUUCCCGCUGCGGCGGUGGGGAGGGGUUUGUCUCUCCCCUCCCCACUCUGCGGUGGACGAGCCCUGCUUCCUCGCCCACCGGGGGGGUUGCGGCGCCCCCUGCCUCCUCCUGCCUCUCCUCCGGGGUAGGGGCCGAGACCCACAGACCCAGGCCGUCCGACCCCAGGCUGGCCCCCACCUGA